CUCGGCAGUAUCCGCCCAGAGUUCAAGCAGAGAUGUGGAACCUCGAAGAGCUCCUGCUUCUCCUGCUUCCGAGGGGCGUGCUCGGGGUCUUCGCGCUCCUCGGGAUCCUCGCUGUGGGGAAGAUCCUCGCUUGCUCAGUGUGGGGAGCUGUGGGGGCGCUGAGGACGUACGUGUGGGCCAGGCUGUGGGGCAAGAGUCUCCCGGAAACCUACGGGAAAUGGGCAGUGGUGACUGGCUCAACGGACGGCAUAGGGAAGAGUUACGCCAAGGAGCUCGCUAAGAAGGGAAUGAACAUCUUGCUCGUCGCGAGGAAUAUGGAGAAACUACAGAAAGUUGCUGAAGAAAUUAGAUCUAAAUCCGGGGUUCAGACGGACAUCGUGCAAGCCGACUUCGCGCUGGGUCGUCCAAUCUACGAUAACAUUGCAAAGCGACUGAAGGGGAAAGACAUCGGGAUUCUAGUGAACAACGUGGGCAUGCUGAUCACUCCGGGUCCGUUCGAGAAACUGACGGAGGACAACAUAUGGGCGUACGUAAACGUGAACGUGGCGUCCGUGGUGGCCAUGACUCGACUGGUUUUGCCCGAGCUGCUCCGGAGAAGGCAGGGCGCCGUCGUCAAUGUGUCGUCCAUGGGUUCCUUCGUGAGCAGCUUCACCCGCUCCCUGCGGGAGGAGUGCGGCUCCUCGGGCGUGACCGUCCAGUGUCUGGAGCCGGGCGCUGUGUCCACCAACAUGAUCUCCUUCGACAAGGAUAUUCACAACCCAGGGUUCUUUACUCCCACCGCCGACGCCUUCGCCGCCAGCGCCGUGGCCACCCUCGGCCACGCCAGCCGCAUCACGGGGUACUGGACGCACUGGCUGCAGCUGGCGAUGGUGAGGACCAUACCCGAGUGGCUUAUUAUGAGCGGCUACAAGGCGAGGAUGGAUAGCAAGAUUAAAAAAUCGAAAUAAAAUCGAUGAAAUUAU